AUGAAUGAAUUGCUGGGUCUUUUGAAAGUAAAAGUCCGGAAAGGAAUAAAUUUAGCUAUCCGCGAUGCAGUUUCCAGUGAUCCUUAUGCCGUUGUCAGCAUGGGCCGCCAGAAAUACAAAACUCAGGUGAUCUAUAACACCUGCAAUCCUGUGUGGAAUGACGAAAUAACUCUCUCCAUUAAGGAUUUGGACCUUCCGGUUAAACUAACUGUCUACGACAAGGACAAAUUCAGCGGAGAUGACAAAAUGGGGGAAGCUAUAAUUGUUAUCAAAGAUUAUAUAGAUAUUAUAAAGAUGGGAUUAGAAAACCUUCCAGAUGGUACUAAAGUUCACAGAGUUCAGCCGGGUAGAAAUAACUGCCUAGCUGAAGAAAGCGAGAUUGUCUGGAACAAGGGAAAGGUUACGCAAGAAAUGAUCCUUAGACUAAAAAAUGUUGAACGUGGGGAAGUCGUGAUUGGACUUGAAUGGGUUGAUGUUCCAGGCGGCAAAGGGUUAUUGAGUUAA